AUGCAACUAUUUACACGGAAUUUUCUCUACUGUAUGGUAGGCGGAGUAUCAAAUUAUUGUAUCAAGGGUUUGAGUUGCAUCUAUAGAAGAAUAGAUGACAAAAGUUGGUUCUCUGGAUGUGGCAAAUGUAAAGAAGGUGAACUGUGUUAUCAAUGUGACACUAAUAAUUGCAAUACCCACCGAGCAUAUGAAAAAGCUCUUUUUUGCUUUAAUAGUGAAGAAAAGGAAGUUGGUCCAAGAUACUGUGAAAAAGAAACCUGCUUUAUUUCUGCUGAUUUUGUAAAAAGUAUUCUUUUAUAG